AUGUAUUUCUACGCCUUUGUGGGCUUCUACGGAAGCCUGUUUUUAUGUUUUCAGAGCGUCGAUUCCGCGGGUUUGUUUGCGACUUUCAUGAAAAUUUUGCCUUAAUUGAAUUUACUCAGAAAUUGACAUUUGACUGUAUUGCGAACAAAUUUAUUUCGAAAAAAGCAAAUUAUUCAUAAUUUUUGACAAAUAAUGGGCAGUUUUUUCUCAUGAAGUGUUAUUUAGACAACACGUUUAAGUGUAUUUUGAGGGCAAAACACGAACACAAGGUUAUUUUAUACCAUAAAAAAUUUAAAACUUAAUGCUAUAUGGCUUUUCACAUUACCUACAUCGAACUUUUUGCCACUUUUCAUUUCAGUCCUGUUAUAAGUUUGAUAAUGUGCGAUGGAGCCUUAAAUGAAGGAAUAAUUUUGUCACAAUUCUUUCGCGUUUUGUCACGCAUAACUUAAUUUUAGAUAGGCUGCAUAUUUUAUAAAAAUAAAAGGAAAAUAAAACAACUGUGUAUUAGCAGAAGAGUUUCACUUAUUACUAUCGCUAUAAUAGUUUCGAUAACCGCUGUCUCCUAAAUGAGUUAUAAAAUUGCAUGUUUCGAAUUAUAAGAUCCACCUCUUUUGUCUCUUCUAGUAUUCGAUUUUCAGAUCAUGCAAAAUGGUUCAUCCUGCUUUGAAGUGCGGUGGAGGACAAACAUGGCAAUCGAUAAGACUAAAGAAUUUCGUCUAGCCGUGAAUGACCAUCUCGAUAGUAGCUGUAAGAAGAUUGUGGAAGAAGGAAAUUUUUCGUGCACAAUCAACGACACGGAGGCAAAUACAAAUUAUAAAUGUCAGCUGUUCAUCUGUCCUUUAAAUUCUGUGAGCACUACCAAAUGUUCUCCAGAGUCAAAGGCAGUGGACGUGUGCACUGCUCCCAAAGGUGAGAUUAUGUCAGGCAUUGUGCAAAAUAAUAAAUAUGCCUGACACACUUAUUGCAUAAAACAACGAUAUACCGAAAUUAACAUGAGUCUAAACAUUAUUGUCAAGAGAAUCAAGACUCAACUAAUGCGUUAUUUGGUUAGAAAGCUGAUUUUCGUUUGCGGCAUGUCGCUGAUACGAGAGGUUAUUAAAAGGCUAAUUGAUUUUCAACGUGUCAUUUCAUACUCAAACUAAUGUGGAAAUGUACUAAAAUCAGUUACACGCUUGACCAGUGGUUUGAAAAAUGUCUCAUAUAUCACCUAGGCAGACUACAACAAUAACAAACUCCUUGCCUAAAGUUCAUUGUUAAAUACACAUACGUGACAUACCCUAUCUUAUACUCGCCCGUUUAGCCGCACAAUCGUUGACUGGAAAAGUAUGGGACAAUGAAACAGUGGAAGUGACAUGGCAAACACCGCAGCAAAAUGCCGAGGGACUUUUGACAUAUGUAAUUUUGCGGGGAACGGACGCUCCACGACCGGUAGUUAACGAAUCAAAAAUUGGAAGUAACAGUGUGAACUUUACAAACUUAAAUGCGCUAACAUCGUACAACGCAACCGUGGACAUUUACAGCAAGCUCAGCAUUACCUGGGCUUUCUCUGAAACUGUACUGACCUUGACGACUUUCCCAAAUGGUGAGUUAAUUUGAGUAGUAGGCGAUUUUAAAAUACGGAACCGGAGACGCUUCCAUACGUAGCUUUCCUAAACAGAGCGUAGAAAUCAGUCGCGUCAGACUGUACGCAUUCAAUAAUCUAUUUAUAUUUUUACGAACCUAUAGCUCAGAAGACGAUCAUAGCGACUAUUAACCCCCUUGUUUUAACUAUUAGAAGGAUUUUGUUGACCAAAAGUAGGACGCUCCAUUGAAUUUACGCUGAAAUAACCCUGCCAGCACCAGCAUCGGCUGCUCCCGUCUUGCUGCCGUGGCGAGAGGUGGUUAUGACACAGACAAACCUGGUCAUUUGGCUUGGAUAUGGCGUGGUCUUCGACACUACAGCCAGGUUUAGCCACACCAUCUAACAGCGAAUGCGCGGCGACGUCCUACAUUCUCUUUUCAUCUCUCUACCCUUUUAUGGCCUCCGUUUAAUACUCGCGAGAACAUUUACGCUACUCUGUCCGAUAUUGCACUACGAUUAUAAGUGUCACUGAAUCCUUUCAGCUUAGGCUAAAGCAAAUCGGCAAAAAAAUUCCGCGUAAGUGCACAAUCGGACAACCUAUAGGUUUUCCCCAUUCUUUAAUCGUUUUUCACCCCUUUAAUGUGAGUGCACUCAUUCUAAUCUGUCGGCUUUCGCAGUACGAUCACAUAUGUCAGUGAAGCCUCUCAGCUUCGGUUAAAAAAGUCAGCGAUAAACACCCCGCGUUAGUCCAUAAGCGGACAACCUAGUUAGUAAAUACUUGUUAAAUUUUAGAUCUAGAAUUAAUCUUUACACAGCUGAGGUCAUCUUGCCCUAAGGAAAGUACUUUAGAAGCGUAGCGUUUUAGAUAAAGAGUAUUUUUUUGUCCAUGCAUGCGACUUCGCAUUCCACCAGUCUCUCAGUCGGCAAAUUUAACACGCAUAAAAAUGCGACUGGUGCGGGAAAUCAUAAUCGCGAAACGGAUCUUGAAUCCAGAAAGGACCACACGUUCUUCGCCCGACCAAUAUUGCUUUUUGUGACUUUAAUCAGAAAGGAUUUCUUGGGCACGGUUUUGACAGUGAGUGUUAAGCAGCGCUUUCUUAAAAUACACAUGUCGAAUUCAAAACACGGCCGGCAAGAAAUAACUACUAAGACAACACAAAGUUUAUGCAAAUUAGAGUAUAUUUUCAAUAAUAUAGUCAAAAUAUUCUUCCUUAAACUCAGCAGCUACACAUUACGUCUAUUUCAGAUUUUAUCAUCGUAGACCUGUUCCGCUCUGGUUUCAUCAUUUGUAUUGCUAUAUGGUAUUUAAAGACCUGAAAGAUUCAUUUUAAUAUAACUGAACCUGCCCGUUACUCAUCGCACUGUGCAAAAUAUGCAGAAACAUUGGUUAUAUUGCAAACUUUAAUGAGUUCUGUAUAGGUAUUCCGUUAGCAACAUGGAGCAGUAUAUGUUGUCUUUAUUGUUCAAUGCAUAAAACCUGGUGAUCAUAAGCUUAUAUUGUAAAUACAAUUGUAAAUCGACCCGCAAUUUUUUGCAGAUGGAGAACAUUUUCGAACCUAAUUAUUCGAUAUUUGGGAAAAAAGUAUUCGAUAAAAGCACAAUGUGCACUCAAACAACAGCAGAAUCUACACCCUUAACGAUACGUUCUAGAAAAGGGAUAAGAUUAUGACAAAUGGGUUCUUAGGGAUCAUGUUACGGAACAUGGUUGUUGGUUUGUGCCUUGGGGCUCUUUCUAGUAUAAGCAACAAAUCGCAGCGGAAUUAGCAUGUUCUGCAAACCAAUCGAUGAGCGGCCUUUGGUCAUUGUUGGUAUUCCUGAUCACAACCGACAGGAGACGGGUCCCGCGAAUGAACGGUAAAGUGUCAAACUCCAUGACCUAAGAUCCCGGACUCGUUUCCCGAGUAAUCUACCCUUAGGGUUGAGUAUGACCUGCUAAUGACGGCCGAUAAGCCCGAAAUGGCUAUUUCGUUCUCCCCUGUCUUUGUCGGUAUCAUCUCAUCAAAAGAAACGGCAAUUCGUGAAGGGACCGGUUGUUGAGAGUAAAACUUAUAACUACACAAACAUACAUCUGUUUGAGUUCGGUUUUUCGCUGGCACCUCUUCGUGACAGGGAUAUUUUGGAAAUUCGGUGAAUGAUUAAGAUUGUAACUUCAAGUUAUUAUUUGAAAUGCAGUUGAGAGUUAUGAUAAAGUUUACAGCUCACAAACUUUUGCAGAUUAACGGCUGCCUGAUCUGCGUAAGGAAGGCGUAACUGUGCUUUGUGCGAUAUAUACUUUGGUGAUGAAAGUCAAAAUUUGUUUUUUCAUGGUCUACCCCAACAAGUAAAUUUUUCUGUUUGCUCUACUUAAGCUUAGACAAAACAUCAAUUUGUUACGCCUUUUUUCUUUGUCCGAAAUUAAUUAGAAGAGUCUUGUGUGAUUAAUUUUUUAAAAUGAAAUUAAUGAAAGUGUUUGUGGCAACAAUAUUUGGUAGGCAGUGGCAUCUAUAAUAAUCACCUCUCAGUAUGAUGUAGUCUUUUAAUCCCUGCUGACCAUUUUUAAAAUUCAAACUGUUUUGUUUUGGAAUGGUAACCAAUGUAAGUAUCCACACACGUAACGUUAUGAAAGAUUGUUAAGUUGGAGAAUUUAUUAGAGAGGGGUCCUGUAAUUAUUUUCUUAAUUCUUUAGUUGUUUAUAUUGAAAAAAGUCAUGCCCACGGACCAAGUAGGGAAUUAAGUCCACAACAGAAUAUAUGAAACUUAUUUGCAUUCAGAUUCACAGAUUCACUUUACAUAACUGCAUAUCUACUUUGUGAAUUAAGUCGUUAUUUUCCACCAAAUUCGCCAACAUCACUUUUCAGGCAGAAGCGGUUAACAAGCGUUUACUUUUUAUCAGCCCCAGUAAACAUUACGAUAUUGGGAGUUGGCCGAAACUGGAUCAAGGUGUUUGUACAGCCCCUACCGGGGGGCGAUGUAUAUAAUCUCAACUACAAUGUCCGCGCUGACAGUCCAUCCAAACCCCUGAGGGAGUGUACUGCGCGAGAUUCGUCAGAAGGUCCGGUUUGCACAAUUGAGGGUCUGGCGAGUGGGACAAAGUACUCCAUUGCGGCACAAGCGUGUCUCCAAAACGGAUGCAGUGUCUUUUCCUCUGAGAUUUUCGGAGAAACUAAAAAACGUAAGCGUUGCAAAAAAACGGGAGAAAGAAUAAUAACUAACGUGCCGUUCGGAAAUGUAUCAAAUAUUAACAUCCUCUUUAUUGUUAAUCACACAUAGUAUCCUUCUACACCAAAAAUGUAAAAGUGGUAAAAUACUCUGCUCAAGCUUUCAUGGGUUAAAACUUUCUGUAAAUAUGCAGCUAAUAUUUGUGAAAAGAAAAUAGUUAUAGUAAUGGAAAAAAACAAAAAUGUGCGAAAAAUCUAAACCAAGGAUUUUUUAGGACUUUUAACGAUUUAACCUGAGCUGCAGGCAGAGAAGCGUAAAUUGUGGAGUUUUCUAUAGUUGUGAGACAUACCUUUUGGAAACUUAUAUGUGCUACUAAAUAUGAGAGCAAAAUAUACCUGAAAGAGUACUGCAAAAACCUACUCAGUUUUCAUCUUGUCUAUCCUUGCAAACGUGCACAAACAUCUAUAGGUCCUUAUAAUAUACGUCCACGUUUCUAGCGAGGUACACUCUCCUCUUGCCGCAGAAACGACUUCUGCUACCUUCUAAGGGAUCCAGACUUACUCCUAUCCUGUCCCCUAUGCGAACGCAUUUAUCUAGCACUUGUAAGUUCUUGGCAUUGAUACCGCAGUGUCCAAGCGUACUAAGCCAUAAAAUAGCUUUAUUUGGCUAUGCGUGCCUCCAGGAAAACCUGCGACAACCAGCCACAGUUCACCCCAUAUUACCAAACUGCCGUAAAACAAUCGUGGUUCGUCUAACAUCGGCCAGCACCUUCGUAGAACAUGAACUACUCAAGAAAUUUUCUCGUGGUACGCUAAUGCACGACCUGGUCAAAAGGUAGUGGCUGCCAAAUGUAAAAACAUUGCCGUAGCUCUAUGGGAACCGCGUCAGAUGAGAACACCAGAUGAUUGCAAGACUAGGACAAUAAAAUGGGUGCGCCAAACGGAGAAAAAACGCGAACCCCACCUUGGGGACUCCACACCCACGACCUGUCUUCGAACCCCUCGCCAAAGUUAAUCUGAUGCGCUACAGGUCCGGGCCAGAUUCUGACUGUCAUGUCUGUCUGUGCAUAGGGUAAUUUACCGACAUCAAUCCCCCUAGAUGUAUCCUCUUAGGCACUAUUCUCCAGAUGAAUUUCGAGCAGAAUCCCAUUAUUGUUGAAGACACCUUCUUCGUUUAUGCGAAUCAGGCUGUGCGUCAAAUGACUACGGGUCCAUUUCCUUUUCCGUCACUGCGCUCAAACGCAACAUAGGUUUUUUGACUUUCUCACCGUGUAUUAGUUCGUGCGCGAGACAUUGUCUUGCGCAUACCACACUGUGUAAAACCGGAUGUUCCCGUAAUUGUGUCUCCUUCUUCGUGACCACUUCCUGGAGUUCGCCUCUUUGCUUCUAUUAGCAGAUGGACACUACAUUUGCGAUGGUCAAGCUGACAUUGAUUUUUAACAAAAGACGAUUGGCAGGUGUAUCAGUGUUAUUGAAAAGUCACGCUAACUCAUUUAAAGGUAGUAGAUUUAGAUCAAAGUAAGCUUGUCUUAUUAAAUAUACAACUAUGAAGUAUGAACGUAUUUUUUCUCGACUUUGUGAUUUCUAUUUUGCAGUGCUAAGCGCCGGUGAUAUCGUGGCAAUCGUAUUGGGCGUUCUGUUUGGUAUUCUUCUAGUGAUUUUCAUCGCAUAUCUUUGCUACGUUAAGCAUAAAGGGUAAAUAACCCAUUCUUCUUUAGUACAUUUAUUGGUUUUACAAAUCUAUGAAUGGUAAAUAUUCAACAAAAAUAACUAAAUUUGUAAAAAUUUUUGUUUUUAAAUUUUAGCGGCUCCGGGUAUGUUUUUAGACAUAAUUACUAAUAAACAAAACGGAUACAUUUUAGCAAAGUAGAUAAAAUCGUGCUUAAUUUUACUGUCAAGAAAGUUUUAAAUUACAUUUGCCAAAGCAAGGAAGAGACAUAUUUAAUAAGUGUUUAAUUAAUAGAUUUGUUAACAUGCGUUGAAGAGACAGAAUAUUACAGAUGUUUUUAAAAGUAACAUGAUUCAGCGUGAUAUUUGAAAGGUAAAAUUAUUCUCUUGAUUAUAUAGUUCGCUCCUGAUACCAGGCGUAAGUUCAAUGCGUAUACUUGCUUGUGUUUACCAUGCUAUCACGGCGUUUAAUAUAACCAUGGCAUGCGAAAUUUUCUGACAAGAAUUACCCAAAUCAAUAACGAGAAACCUGUUUUCUAUUUAAGGUGAAAGUUAUAUGAAAUAUCGAAGGUACGCAAAACGAGUAUUUAUCCAAUGAAGAGAGGGAAAAUAUGUUUAUUUUCACAUAUUGCUUACGCGCGUUUCCCAUUUUAGGACACCGGAGCCGAUAAAUUCAUAUUUACAGUAG